AUGGCCGCUGAGAUCUCUGCAGCCCAUACGGCCGACCGCGGCGCCACGCCCGCCACCACCCCCUACAACAACCCGGCACCUCUGGACCCGACCAUUGAGGCGCUCCUCGAGCAGCAGGCCGACAUCCACGCCAAGCUUGCUGUCUUGCUCCCCCAGAAAUACGGCCCCAACGUGCGCGUCGAGCUGGAGCAUCUGCGCCACAAACUGCGCGUUAUGCGGGCCUUUGCCGACUCCCAUCGCUUCUUGGACAGAAUCCCGAUAUUGUCCGAGAUGGAAGAAGCUCGACAGCUUCAAUAUCAGAUUGAAUGCAUUGAGACUGCAUGUCUGGACCACGGCCACGACCUCCACGACCCCCGCGUUAUAGACGCUCUGGAAUCGGCCCAUAUGCAUGAUGCCCCUGCUGGCUUUGGCGACUGGCUGCGCCGAAAUUUUGCCAGCUGCGAUGUCGCCAUGCGGGCCUGGAAAAUAAGAGGCGGUCCUCUUGCCGAGCCCGGCAACGCGGCCUUCCACUCCUACAAGUGCCCGGACGAGAACUGUCUGCACUACAUCUACGGCUUUCUGCACCGCGAAGACCGCGACCUGCACACCAGAGCCCACUCCACCCAGGCGAAGCGGGACUCCGGCCUGUCCAUGGGAGGCACACCUCCACCGUCGCUUCCGCCGUCUUCGCUCGCCCGCAGCCAGCAGCUGUCGUCGUCGUCCUUUAUCGGCUAUCCGUCACCCACUCACCCGGUCGGCGGUGGGCUCGGCGGCAGCCUGCAACUGCCACCCCCGCCCAUGCCGCAAGGCGGCGAGACCAAGGAGCACCGUGGCACCUUGCGAGGCUACUCCCUCAUCUCCGACUACUCCUCAAGCCACCCGACACGAGACUCGGUGGACUCCGAGGUAGACCCGUUGCUGCCACCUCUCAAACGCAGCCGCAGGGGACCGUCUCGUCUGGAGUCCAUCGGGGAGCUUAGGCUCUUGCAGGGCGCCGAGCCUUGUCUUCGGUGCAAAGUCCUAAAGCAGCCGUGUGACGCAAACGACCCCUGCUCAUCGUGCUACCCAAAUGCAGAAGAUCCUGCUCAGGGCUCGGACUUCUGGCGGCUUCUUGGCUGCUAUCGAGCACCUCUUGACUCGCUUGUCAACAUCCUGGUGCCAGACACGCCGGCCACGUCGCCUCUUGCUCGGCGCCUCAGCAUAAACGACCGUCUAGAGAGGACGCACCGGACGAGUCCGGAUGCGGCUAAGGUUGUCCAGACAAACCUCGAUUUUGACGAUGACUUCUGGUGGACUGAAGACCUGGCCAUCAUGUCGUCGGCGGAUCCGAACCGACCGGGCUCCUUGUCGCAGGAGCGUGCGCAGAGACCGCCACCGGUUUUGGCGGCGCUUGCUUGCAGCUGGGGCAUGAGCGGCACGGCCUACAACUUCUGGCAGCUUCUGCAGCUGAGCGGCCUCCUGUCGGUCACGAGACAUGCCGAGGCGGUGUCGUUUCCGGUGCUGCACCAGGCAAAGCUGCUGCUGAGAGAGGUGCUCUUCUUCGACCUCCAACAAGCGCGGUCGUCCCUCCUGCCGGAGGCUGCCAGCAGCGCAGACCAGCCAAGCCUGGCCGACGAGUACGAAUGCCAUAUCCGCCACCGGGCCGUUCGCGGCUGCGUCAGCCAGUUCCUGCAGUCAUUUGAAAAAGCGACGGCACAGAGAGAGGUGGUGGACCCCCGACAAUGGCUGUCGCUGUUCUUCUCGCUCUGCAUAUGCAGCAUUACGAGGACGAUCUUGGCCGACAUGGCGUCGCUGCCGCAGCGGCGAGAGUCUGCCACGAGCACAACCGGUACAGCCGGGACUCUUUCCAGCCCUGCAGCGUCGAUCCAGGCCAUCUACAAGGCGAUGGUGGAGAUGCUUGUUUCCGGGCUGCCGGUGAUACUUGACGACCCGACCACUGCGAUGGCAGACGACGAUCGGGAGCUCUACAACACGGCGUCCAUGAUCGUCAAAUACCACGCUUGGAACAGCUGGAAGUUGUCGUCGACAAGGGACUUUUUGCUGCUUCUCGGCAGCACUGAACUUCCGGGCGGUGUCUGGCAUGGAUUCCUGCGGCAACGGUCAGCCGAUGGUUCGGGCAGACUGCUGUCUGAGCAGCCGGCCAUGCAGUUGCAGCUGCAGGCUCAGGCACAAGCACAAGCACAAGCACAAGCACAAGCACAAGCACAAGCACAAGCACAAGCACAAGCACAAGCACAAGCACAAGCACAAGCACAAGCACAAGCACAAACACAGCAAGCUGUCGGUUCGGUCAUGCGGCCGCCCCAGGCCGGCGACCAGUGGACGACGACGCCUAUCCUUCCGUCAGGCGGUGCUGCCCUUGUUGCGUCUCCGCAGAGCAUUGGGUCGGAUAGCAACGGCGGACGCGAUCACGCGAUGGGCAUCGGCAGCCCUUCUUACACACGCAGCAACGGUCACAGCUUCACGUCGCCGACGCCGAAGAUGCGGGCGGCAUAUCCGCGGCAGAGCCUCGGACGGGUGUUCUGCACCAAGUGCAGCGAGUAUCCGGAAGGCUUUCGCGGCGAACACGAGCUGCGGCGCCACGUCGACGCCAAGCACGCGGCUCUGGUCAAGCGAUGGAUCUGUGUGGAGCCAAUGGGCCAGCCGGCUCCCAGUUCUCCGCGGCCAGCAGUUCCGCUGACAAAGUGCAAGGCAUGUCUUGCAAAGAAGCGGUACGGGGCGUACUACAACGCGGCAGCACAUCUGCGGCGGGCUCACUUCCCGUACAAGGGAACAAAGAUCAGCGGAGAAUGGCCGCCGAUGACGGUGCUGAAGGACUGGAUGCAGGAGGUGGUGCAGUCGUUUGACUCGCCGGAGGACCCGAUGUCGUCGGACGGCGACGAAUACGGUGACUACAAGACGCGAGACUACAUGGAGCCGCCACGGGGCCACCAUUCGCCUCCGUCAGAGACACCGCACUACACGGCAGCGCCGACAAGAGACAGGCCGUCGCCAGCGCUGCCACAACCGACACAGCUGAUGCACAUACAGCCGUCGCUGCAGCCGUUGCUGGGACCGACGAUGGCCGCACCGAACGCGGUUCCGGGGCCGGGGUCGGGGCCGGCGGCGAUGCACAUGGCUCCGAUGCAUGUGCCUCCGCUGCAGAUACCAUCUGUUCAGCAGCAGCAGCAGCAGCCCCUGCCGCGACCGCCUCAGCAUCGCCGGUCGCUUGGUACUCCGAUGGCAGGGGAGCUACCUCCGGCCAGCGGGUCCCAUCACCACGGGCACCAGAGCAGCCCAGGACAGAAGGUGAUGCCUCAGGCAGCAGCAGUAGCAAUAGCAAGCGUGAAGUCGGAAGAGGGCCACCCACCGAACCGGAAUCGCUGCCCGCAUCCAGAGUGUGGGCGAGUGUUUAAGGACCUCAACGCGCACAUGCUGACACACAUGGAGGAGCGGCCGGAGAAGUGUCCGAUCGAGACGUGCGAGUACCACACCAAGGGAUUUGCGCGCAAGUAUGACAAGAACCGGCACGCGCUGACGCACUACAAGGGCACGAUGGUGUGUCCGUUCUGCCACGGGGUGUACGAGAAGGCAUUUAACCGAGCAGACGUGUUCAAGCGGCACCUGACAGCAGUUCACAACGUGGAGCAGACGCCGCCCAACAGCCGGAAGAUGGCGCUGGGGUCUGGGGCUGCUCGACACGGGGCGAACGCGACAGAAGGGCCGGACGGCAGGGCGCCAGCCAAGUGCUCGAUCUGCCAGAGCCAGUUUUUGACGGCACAGGAGUUUUACGAGCAUCUGGACGACUGUGUGCUCAACGUGAUAGUGCCAUCGACGCCACGGAGUGCCGGAGCGGUCAGCACGGCCGGGACGAUUACGAGCUUGAGCUCUGGCAGCACGGCAGCAAGCAGCGCAGUGUCGUCUUCCGUGGGCACAGGAUCCACAUCGACAAAAAACAAGCCGGGUGGCAGUGGCGAGGAGACGACGUUGACGAAGACACCGACAACGGCAAACACAGAGCGUGGCGACCGGCCAGCGGAAGCGCAGCUGGAGGGAACGAUCAAGACGGAGCCACCGCUGCGACACCUGCUGCCGGGACUGCCGUCAGAGCAGGAGAGCAGUUACGGGCGAGGACGGAGACCCGAGCAGCAACGAUACGAACAAAGCGAGGGAUAUUAUGCAGGCGGGAUUCAGCGGUAG